AUGUAUGAUGGUCUUGUGAAUAUGAAUAAUAAAGACGCAUAUAAUAAUAUAGAUAUAGAGAUAAUGUACUUUUCAAAUGAAGUAAAAGGGACAAUAGUCUCUAACAAUACAGAUAACAACAAUAGUAAUGAUUCACAACAACAACAACAACAACAACAACAUUUACAACAACAACAAAUGCAACAAAUGCAUCCAGUAUUCUUACCACCUCAUCAUCCUCAUCAUCAUAUGACACCUCCACCACCAUUUAUGCAUCAUCCAGGGAUGCCAGAUACAAUGGGUCAUUCAGGUCACAUGUUUGGUGCACCUCCACCAUUUAUGGCACCUCCUCCUCUACAUCCACAUCAUCAUCACCCCAAUUCAUUUAUGCAUCAUCCAAUGGGAGGCGUUGGAAUGCCACCACCUCCAAUGAUGUCACAUGAUCCUAUGAAUAUGAAUAUGAACAUGAACAUGUAUAAUAUGCCACCUCCUUUUAUGCAACAUCUUCACAUGAUGCAUCAAGAUAUUCAACAACAUCAACAACAACAAACAUUAGAGCAACCAAUACAACAAACACCUCAACCACAAUCAAAUCAACAACCACCAAAUCAAUCACAACCUUCUGAAACACCAAUAACACCAAGAGGUGAAGAAAACCCAAAUAGACCAUCAUUAUCAGCAAUAUUUGAAGAUCUUGCAAGUAGAUUUGUAAUUAAUAUUCCAGCUGAAGAGUUGGAAUCGUUUGAGCGUAUGCUCUUUCAAGUUGAAUCUGCCUAUUGGUUUUAUGACGAUUUCUAUCGAGAGGAUCAUCCACACCUACCAAAAUACUCGUUGGCAGAGUUUACAAAGGUGUUUUUUGCAAAGUGUCCUCUCUUGUCGCCACACAAGGCUCACGUUGAAGAUAUUUUAAAGCGAUUCUCAGAGUACAAGACAAGAGUACCAGUGUAUGGUGCCAUCAUUCUAAACCCAACCAUGGAAAAGGCAUUGUUUGUACGUGGUUAUAAUUCAUCGAGUUGGGGUUUCCCAAGAGGCAAGGUCAACAAGGAUGAACCAGACUCUGACUGCGCAGUAAGAGAGGUUUUGGAAGAGGUUGGUUUUGAUAUUGGUCCAUAUCUCAAUCCAAGACAUUACAUUGAAAUCGAAUUUAUGAAACAACAGAAAAUUAAAUUAUUUAUCAUUCAAGGUGUUAGUGAAGAAACUCAUUUUUGUCCUAGAACAAGAAAAGAAAUUAGUAAAAUUGAAUGGAUGGUAAUUGAUGAAUUACCAACGUUUUCAAAGAAACCUGUAGGUCCUACAAAGGAAAAGAACUUUUUUAGAUCUAUACCAUUUUUUAUAAAAUUGAAAAAAUGGAUUGCAAAUAGAAAAGCUAAAAGAAUUAAUGGAAAUCAAAAUGGUAAUCAAAAUGGAAACCAAAAUAGUACAACAAAGUCAACACCAAAUCAUAAUAAUAAUAAUAAUAAUAAUAAUAAUAAUAAUAAUAAUAAUAAUAAUAAUAAUAAUAAUAAUAAUAAUAAUAAUAUUCAACAACAAGAUACAACACCAAAAAUUAUUAUGCAAAGAAAUAGAGAUAAUAAUAAUAAUGAAAAUGGUAAUAGUAUUAAUAGUAGUAAUAGUGUAAAGAAAAAACAGCAACAGGUACAGUUACCAACACCUUUACAAGUACAACAGACAACUCCAGCAACAACUCCACAAGCAGCAUCUCAAAUCAAAAACGAUGGGUAUUCACCUUAUCCAGAGUCACCACCAGCUUCACCGCGGAGAACAGGUCCCAAUGCCCACCAAAACAAUAAUCUAGAAUCAUCCUUUUAUACAAACUUUUCAACUCCAACACCACAGAAAAAUAAUAACAACAAAAGAAAUCAACAACAAAAGGAUUCAUUCUUUGAUACUCCAAAUAGUAAUUAUAAAGUUCCUCAACAAUCAUCUCAACAUCCUCCACAACAACAACAACAACAACAACAAAAUUUGGAAUCUCAAUUUGAUCAAUUAUUAUUAAAACCAAGUCAAUUGGAUAAUAAUAAUAAUGGUGGAAACAAAAAUCAAAAGAGAAAUAAUAAUAAUAAUAAUAAUAAUAAUAACCACAACAAAUUUAAGUUUUCACCAGCAAAAUCAUUUUAUGAUUCUACUGAAUCAGUUGAUCAAUAUCCUCCACUACAACAACAACAAUCGAAUCAAAAAUCGAUUUUCCAAGAUGUACAGUUUAAUCAUCAAGAUUUGAAAUCAAAUUUCAAAUCUAAAAAAUAA